AGCCUCCUAUUCCACAUACUGAGCAGCCCUGAACACACUUAAAGAAGAUUCUAAAAAAUGGAGAACCCAGCCGUACAAAGGAAGACUCAUUACGAAAUGUCGUUCUACGAAAUCUUGGCAACAUCCGUGGCGCGCAUGGGACCCACACCGAAUCAUAUUGCUAUCAUAAUGGAUGGAAAUCGUCGCUUUGCUAGGGCGAAAGGGUUAAAAGUUAUGCAUGGUCAUGAAGCAGGGUCUACCGUUUUGGACGGGGUGGACGAAUGGAGGAAAGCGAUCGGAUGUAAAGAGCUCACCAUUUAUGUCUUUUCAUCCGAAAAUUUUAAACGAACCAAGGAUGAAGUGGAUAACUUGAUGGAACUCAUAUUUCGACGGUCUGAAGACACCUUGAAUGAUGUGAAAUCUGGAAAAAAUACCAACAUGUGCGUCCAAUUUAUCGGAAACUGGGAGCGGAGUCCGGAAAAGUUAAAAAAUCGCAUAGCCAAUGUGAUGGAGAUAACCAAGGACUUUAAACCGUACAAGCUAAAUGUCGCCCUCGCAUUUACAGGCCGGGAAGGGAUUCUACAAAGUCUGCAAGCUUUCACAGGUUGGAAGGAUGACACGCCGACGAAUGAGAGUGACUCCACUCCAGAAAACUCUCUCGGCUGGAACCAAUAUUUGAUCGAGCAGGCCCAACAUUUAGCGCAUAUGCGUCCCAUCGACAUCCUCAUCCGUUCAGGGGGCGAUCAGAGAUAUUCUGACUUUAUGAUGUGGGAAGCGAGCCACGCCUACAUUCACUUUACCCCAGAAACAUGGCCGGAAUUUAAUUUCAACCAAUUCAUGAAUGCCAUCUUUAAAUAUCAAGUUUUUCGAAGGCAAUUAAUCCACAAACCGAUUUCGGCUAAGGAAUCCUUGUCACCUGAGGAAUCUAUAAAAUCUGAAGAAAUCCUGGAGAAAUCUCGCAUAAAGAAGUGGAAGAGGAUUGGACGGCUAGCGAGGAAGGAUGUCCCUCACUUGGGAACGUGCAUUCCGUACGUUGUGAAUAAUAAAUGGCUUGAAAGUUUUCAGAAAAUUCUAAAAUUUUAAGUAACCAUCAUUUUUGCUGGGAGAGUGUGGUUUGUAUUUACAUACAUGAUUACUUAUGCAUAUGAUUAUUAAUGUGAUUAUGACUAUGAUUAUGAUGUUGUUACUGUGAACUUGUUAGACACUUGAAUAAAGCAUCAAUCAAUCAAUCAAUCAA